AUGGGCUCCUCUUGGGCACCCCAAACGGGGCGUGUGGGCGGGCUCGGGAUGAAGGUGCUGCUGCUGGCUGGUCUCCUCCUGCCAGGGACCUUGGCUAAGAGCAUCGCGACCUUUGAUCCCUGUAAGGAUCCCACACGUAUCACCUCCCUUAACGACCCCUGUCUCUCUGGGAAGGGCGGCUCCAGUGGCUUCAGUAGCUCCAGUGGCUCCAGCAGUUCCAGCAGCUCUGUUUCCAGUUCCAGUGUCUCCAGUUCCAGCAUCUCCAGCAGUGGCUCUAGUGGUUCUGGCACCUCCAGUGGUGGGUCAGGCGGGUCCGUUAAGCCAGGAACAGGAUACUCUCAGAUCAGCUACUCCUCCGGAUCUGGCUCUAGUCUACAGGGUGCGUCUGGCACCUCCCAUUCGGGAAGCAGCAGCUCUCAGUCAGAAGUCAUCAACUACCAAGUAGGGCAUGGCUCUGCUCUACCAACCAACCCUGGUUCUUCCCAGUCUGGAGGAAGCUCUUCUGUCUCCCUAAGCUCCAGUAUGUCCAGCGGCAGUAGGCAAAGCAUCAGCUCCAACCAGCAUCCCUGCAGCUCGGACAUCCCCGACUCUCCCUGCAGUGGAGGGCCCAUCGUCUCACAUUCUGGCCCUUACAUCUCCAGCUCCCACUCGGUGUCAGGGGGUCAGAGGCCUGUGGUGGUGGUGGUGGAGCAGCAUGGCUCCAGUGGCCCCGGAGUGGUUCCAGGUGCCCCCUGCAGCAAUGGUGGCCUUCCAGGGAAGCCCUGCCCCCCUAUCACCUCUGUAGACAAAUCCUACGGUGGCUAUGAGGUGGUGGGUGGCUCCUCUGACAGUUAUCUGGUUCCGGGCAUGACCUACAGCAAGGGGAAAAUUUACCCUGUGGGCUACUUUACCAAAGACAACCCCGUUAAAGGCUCCCCAGGUGUCCCCUCCUUUGCAGCUGGACCCCCUGUCUCUGAGGGCAAAUACUUCUCCAGCAAUCCCAUCGUUCCUAGCUCCGGCAUCUACCCAUCGGGAGCUUCCUCUGCUAUUGUGUUCCAGCCAGUGGGCACUGGCGGGGUCCAGCUCUGUGGUGGCUCCACAGGCUCUAAGGGGCCCUGUGGAUCCUCCAAUUCCAGAAUCCCCAGCAGUGCUAGCGUUUCCAGCAGCUCCAGUUCAUCCUACCAUCCCUGUGGCGAUGCUUCCCAGGGGCCUUGCUCGCCUCCAGGCACUGGGUCUUUCAGCAGCAGCUCCAGUUCCCAGUCAGGUGGCAAAAUCAUCCUUCAGCCCUGUGGCAGCAAGUCCAGCCUUCCUGGUCACCCUUGCCUUUCUGUCUCCUCCUCAACAUUGAGUGGGGGGUCUGAUGGAUCCCCCCACCCUGAUCCCUCUGCUGGUGCCAAGCCCUGUGGUUCCAGCAUCUCUGGAAGGCUCCCCUGCCGUUCCAUCCGGGAUGUCCUGGCCCAGGUGAAGCCUCUGGGGCCUCAGCUAGUUGACCCUGAAGUUUUCUUGCCGCAGGGAGAGGUACUUGACAGUCCAUGA